CCCCUGAGCUUCGCCUUUAAUCGUCAGAACAGCGAGAAGGCUUCUCGCCGGUGAAGAUCGGAGGUUUCGCCGGCACCGGAGUCUAUCUAUCUCGCACUUCGAACUUCAAGAUAGGAAAAUAAAUGUUGGCGAAAGGCAGAAGAGUUGCUGGGAAGGGGGAGACAGUGGCUGCAAAUUAUGCUUUUGGGCCGCUUGAAGAUGAUUUAAUUAUUAAGCAUAGGCUUCUCACUCGCACAACAACCACUAGAGGUGAACCGCCGUUGAAGAAACUUCAGAAAAAGUUUACUGCUUUUGCUUCGGAGGUAGAGAAGGAAGAUGAUAACUAUGGUGACUGUGAAAGACUUGCCAAAGCUUUCUUGCAAGAGCUAAAUACGUUUGAGAUUCCGCUCCUAAAGAGCAAAGCAGUCAUAGAUGCAAACCUUAGAGAGAAGGAGAACUUCAAUGACCUAAAAGAUGAGAUAAAUGGGCAAAUUAUACAAGCUCAGGCCGAUAUUGAAGAUCUCAAGAGGCAACUUGAAGAAAGCAAGCUAGAGAGGAAGCACAAAGAAGAGUGUGAGUCGAUCAGGAAGUUGGUUUCUAUGCAGCCUCCAAGAUCUGAAACUCAGAAGGUUAUUACAGAGCUUGAGAAAGAGAUAGCAAUGUUGGGGGCAGAGAAUACUACUAGUUCAAGAACGUUGGAGCUUCGUAAAAAGCAAUUUGCGCUUCUAUUGCACGUGGUUGAUGAGUUGCAGAACACAAUAGAAGAAGAACAGAGGAGCUUGGUGGAAGAGUUGAGGAAUGCAGUUGAUGAUCAUAAUAAGAGCGGGGUGGAGGAUGCUAGUGGGGGUCCGGAAGCAAUGGCUGUGGAUUAGCAAUUGGUCAUACUAAGGAGUAAGGACAAGCCUUUGUCAUAUGACAGAAAUUUCCUUCCAAUUGUUGUAUUUUAGUAUUUAGCAAGCAUCCUUUGGCUUGGAAAAAAAUUUCCAAGCCCCUGGCUUUUUCGAGGCAUAGCGUAAACACCCUCUUUAAGGGCAUUCAUUUCUCUUAUUUUUUAAGGGCAUUCAUUUCUCUUAUUUUUAUUUUGAUGAUGUAAUAGCUUUUCAUUAUGCUAUUUAACAAUGGGACUUGGAUUAGUUUCUGGUUGUAGAAAUGUUCAAUAUGACAGUCUUUUUUUAUUGUGCCAUCUUGAGUUUGACAGGCACAAAUUGGUGUGGCUAGAAUGGAAGGUGGAGUAACUACUGAUGGAAAA